AUGGGAAAGCACAAGAAAGAGAACAGAAAGAAUUAUUUGAAAAGACGUCGAAAGAUGCUAAAGGAAAGGAAGGCACAAGAGGAGGACCCCACUUCCCACCUUCAAGAGGAGGAAAGUACUUUUAGUCCCGCAGAAAGUAUUGUUGAUGACCACCUUCAAGAGGAGGAAACCACUUCUACUCCAGCAGAAAGUGUUGUUGACAAGCCUAAUCCUAAGAAAAGAAGAGGCAAUGAUGGUCAUGCAACUUUUUGUGCUAAUGCACAAUACCGCACUCUUGGUGAAUUACCACCUGAGUUGCAAUUCAACCCCAUGAAAGACAAUCUGUAUUUCUCCUUUGUUAAAUUCUUUGAAAACAAGAGAAAGCUUCAGAAAUUGAUUCAAAAUCCACUUGGUGAUCACUGA